UAUUGUACUGUGUGGUUAUCUGACCAAAUAUUUUAAUUCUAUAAUAAAUUAAUCAUUAUUAGUUAAUUGUCGUACACAUUCAUAUCUAAAACCUCAUCUAAACGAGGCGUUCCUUUCAUCCAAUUAUUUAUGUGCAUCGGAUGUUAUGGUCGCCUGCUCAUGACGUGAACUCUAGGCUUACCAGACUGCAACAAUAAUAAAAAACAUAUUGCCAAUAGUUAUGACAAAAAUGUUUCCUUUGACGACACAAAUGUAUUUGUGGAGUUUGUUAGUUAUUUUAUCAAUAUCCUUGGUAAACAGCCAGAAUAGAAAGAUAACAUCACUACUAAAUCCUGGCUGCAUACAUUGUUCAGAAUAUGACACAUUACUAUAUAUAAGAGCAGAUGGCAGCCAUGACUCAGUGCACCAGGUGUGGGACUUCACAAGACAUACACCCACAGUACUAUUCUUAAUCUCAAGUCUUAAUUUAACUAUGGAUGUAGUAUGGGAUGACAAUAAACCAAGCUUCAAGUUAUCUGAAGAACCUAAGUACAGUUUUGCAAUCGCUAUUGACAAGAUAUACGAGUACAAUGAUACAGAUGACAACGGCCACUUUGAGAACCGCUUUCCCCGGCGUCAGUACCCGCUGAAGGACUUACAUUGGAUACGUGGCGACUUGGUACAAUCUGACAAUGAGGUGAAGUUGCUGAUGCAGACAUACUACAAGAAUGACUUCCAUAACGGCACAAUUGAGAUUAAGUUGGAUCUGCUCCCAUUCCAAGAUUAUGCAGUGGAUCUUCCCCAUUUGAUCCAUACGUCCAACUCGACGCUGAUCGACGUCAAUCUCGUGAAUUUGACGUGCUCUGAAGAUUAUGAAGCGUCGCGGUUCGCGCUUCACUUCCUGUUGGUCAGCACAGACAAGAAAAAUGACACGAUGAAUUAUACUAUGAGGAAGAGUUUGGACGACGAACACACGCCUGGAGUUUUUGAGAUAGUGGAGAUUGUGACUCCGGCAUCGCGACGCGGUGAGGGCGGCGGGUUCCUGCAGUUUCGCCCGGUCGCCUACACGGAGCCCCAGCGCGGCGUCGCUGUCUCCACAAAUGCACAUGUCUCCAACUUCAACAGAACUGAUCUUCCCUACGAGAGUACGUUGAAAACGUUUUACCAACGUUUCGACCGCGAUGACGUACUCAUACAAGACAUGGUGGUAUCGUUCGGAGACGCAGCCGAUGGAUAUUACAAGCAACAUAAUUACACGUCAUGGUCCUUCACAGUCGGAUAUGGGUCGCCUCCAAAGGAGAGUUUCUCGUUCUUCGUAAUCAUGAUCAUAUCAAUCGGACUGGGGAUACCGGUGUUCCUGGCCAUGUCUGGCAUCAUCUACCUGAUCGUCCGAAGGUACAAGCAGAGGAACCCGCCCACGAGGUUCCUGGAUGAUGAAUGACUCGCGUAUAGGUUCACGCUGUUGGAGAAUGAAUAAUAAACAU